CCCGAUCCCUAUCUAUACGGAUUCUCACGCUUGUCGGAACGCCAUCAUCAGCUAAGAUUACCAAUCUACCACUUCUCACUCUAGCUUACUAUUCUAGAACAGACCCUAAGUUGGCGGGGUUUUCCGGUAUACAUAGAUCACGAAUAUCACCCACUAUUAAUUAACUUUCAUCAUUAUUGCUUUGUCAGAAGAACAGUUGCUGAAUAACCCAACAUAUACCUUUUCUGACAGCUGCAGCAGACAGGAGGUUUUGAUCAACACCGCCUCAGUAAACUUUGUCUUUCUGAUACUCUAUAUAUCGAUCAGCACCCAAUGCCCUCUUCCAAUCUCAACUUCCCCGCUUCCCCGCACACUGUCCAGGUCAGCAUCAUCGACAGCACGUCUAAAAUCAAUGCGCCUUCAGACCGAUUGCUGCAACCGCGGAUAGAUGGAUUCGAUCGUCUCCUCGCUCCUGCGUUUUCGUUUCUCGUCGAGAACCAGCGCUCAGGUCGGAAAGUGCUGUUUGACCUGGGAGUGCGAAAAGAUUGGGAGAACCUCGCCAAGCCGCUGUAUGAGGGGAUAAAGGACACUUUUAAGGUUGAGGUCGAGAAAGAUGUUGCACAAAUCCUGAGGGAGAAUGGCGUGAAGUUGGAGGAUGUGGAGGGGAUUAUCUGGAGUCACUGGCACUUCGACCACAUCGGCGACCCAUCCACCUUCCCAGGGUCGACAUCCCUAAUCGUCGGCCCAGGUAUGCCGGCCGCGAAACUGCCUGGCUACCCCAAAGACCCCAACGGUGCAGUCCGCGAGAGCGAUUUCGAGGGCCGUCAGCUCAUCGAAAUCACCCAGGACAAGUUCGACCUGAGGAUCGGCGGCUUCGGUGCGUACGACUACUUCGGCGACGGAUCAUUCUACCUCCUCGACGUACCAGGCCAUGCCGUAGGCCACAUGUGCGGUCUUGCGCGGACUACCUCGUCCUCAGGCAAAGACACCUUCAUCCUCAUGGGCGCUGAUACAUGCCACCAUGGCGGCCAGUUCAGACCUUCUGCCCAUGUUCCAUUACCGGAUAGCAUCAUCCCUAAUCCCUACUCCUCGCAAUCGACGCCCUGCCCAGGCCACAUCUUUGAGUACCUCCAUCCACAUCCUGAGCGAUAUCGCACAGAGCCCUUCUACCGCAUUCGCGUGAAUGAAGACGGGUCCAGCGUCGCGGACAAUGUGGCCGCUGCGACGCAGAGUAUCGCUCAUCUGCAGGAGUUCGAUGCUGCAGAUGACGUGUUUAUUGUACUCGCACACGACGCAAGUCUGCUGGGCGUGAUAGAUGUAUAUCCGAAUACCGCGAAUGAGUGGAAGGAGAAAGGAUGGAAGGAUAGGGGCAGGUGGAGGUUCCUGAGAAGUUGGGAUAUUGCGAGUGAUGUUGGUGUGAAUCGUAGUUGAUGUCUUUGUCAUGACGGUCACGGGGGAAAUGUAGGAGACCUUUUGAUUCCUAUUUCAUGGAGAUAUCUCCUUCACACGCGUGAGAUAAUUUUGCUUCUCAAGUAACUCUUUCUUUUUGUGUGGUCCCGUUCAUGUUAUAAUAACGCGUAUUUGCUUUGUUUCCUAUUUAGGUAAUAUCAAUAUUCACUCGGGUGUAUCUAUCAGCUGUUAUUUCAAAACUGAUAGUUUUAGUGGCGUUGAAGACCACGAGAGAUUCAACAUUGUAUGUCAGCGAAGAAAAUUAGUAUUAGAACCAGUUCCCGAGACAUCACCUGUGUGAGACCAAG